AAGCACCUGCUUCCUUCUCCCACGGACCUGAGCACCUCUCUCUCUUCUCUUUGCCGACUCACUCGCUCACUCACUCACCUCCCUCCUCGGCACCAUGACCACCUGCAGCCGCCAGUUCAACUCCGCCAGCUCCAUGAAGGGCUCCUGCGGCAUUGGGGGUGGCUCCAGCCGCAUGUCCUCCGUCCUGGGCGGAGGGUCCUGCCGGGCCUCCAAUGCCUUCGGGGGCAUGUCCUCCUCCCGCUACUCCAUUGGGGGAGGGAUGGGAGGUGGCUUCAGCAGAAGCAGCAGCUAUGGUGGAGCCCAGGGUUGUGGCUUCGGAGGACAGGAUGGUAGCCUUGGCUUCUUUGGUGGUCUCUUCGGUGGUGGUAGUGGUGGCUCUGGUUACUUCAGUGGUCCUAAUGGUCCCUAUGGUCUUGGCUUUGGUAGUAGCCUUGGCAGUGGGGAUGGACUCCUGGUGGGUAGUGAGAAGGUGACCAUGCAGAACCUCAACGACCGCCUGGCCUCCUACCUGGACAAGGUGCGCGCCCUAGAGGAGGCCAACGCCGACCUGGAGGUCAAGAUCCGUGACUGGUACCAGAGGCAGCGGCCCAGCGAAGUCAAGGACUACAGCCCCUACUUCAAGACCAUCGAGGACCUCAGGAACAAGAUCCUCACGGCCACCGUGGACAAUGCCAAUGUCCUCCUGCAGAUUGACAAUGCCCGCCUGGCUGCGGAUGACUUCCGCACCAAGUACGAGACGGAGCUGAAUCUGCGUAUGAGCGUGGAGGCCGACACUAACGGUCUGCGCCGGGUGCUGGACGAGCUGACCCUGGCCAGGGCCGACCUGGAGAUGCAGAUCGAGAGCCUGAAGGAGGAGCUGGCCUACCUGCGGAAGAACCACGAGGAGGAGAUGAACUCCAUGCGAGGCCAGGUGGGCGGGGAUGUCAACGUGGAGAUGGACGCCGCCCCCGGCGUGGACCUGAGCCGCAUCCUGAACGAGAUGCGCGACCAGUACGAGAAGAUCGCGGAGAAGAACCGCAAGGAAGCCGAGGAGUGGUUCUUCACCAAGGUGGGUGAACGUCCAGGGUGAUUGGCCACCAACAGCGAGCUGGUGCAGAGCAGCAAGAGCGAGAUCUCCGAGCUCCGCCGCACCGUGCAGAAUGCAGCUGUCCAGAUCCAGGAGAUGAUCGGCAGCGUGGAGGAGCAGCUGGCCCAGCUGCGCUGUGAGAUGGAGCAGCAGAACCAGGAGUACAAGAUCCUGCUGGACGUGAAGACCCGGCUGGAGCAGGAGAUCGCCACCUACCGCCGCCUGCUGGAGGGAGAGGACGCCCACCUCUCCUCCUCCCAGUUCUCCUCUGGCUCUCAUUCAUCCAGAGAUGUGUCCUCCUCCAGUCGCCAGAUCCGCACCAAGGUCGUGGACGUGCACGAUGGCAAGGUGGUGUCCACCCACGAGCAGGUCCUUCGCACCAAGAACUAAGGCUGCUCAGCAUUGCUCAGGCCUAGGAAGCACGCCCCCCGCCCUCCCCUGCUGUGUGGACACAGAUCUGACUGGGGGAUCCCCUCUCCUGAAACACCACUCCCCACACAUAAGCACUUCACACCUGAGCCCUGCCUCACCCUUGCCCCUUCCUGGCAUUCAAUAAAGCUUUGUUAUCUGAGUUGCACAA